AAUAUGAUAAAGCGGGAGAGAGAGAUCCUCAUGCGCUUGUCCUGUUUGUCUUUCCUCACAGCUUUGGUGGGAAAACAAAAAAUGGAGAUGAAGGCAUUCAGAUGACGGUCUACCAUCCGAAAUUGAGCGUCGAUUCUCCGCAUACAGUUUAGGAAAUGGAAUGUAACAGGGACGAGGCGCUUAGGGCGAAAGAGAUCGCUGAAAGAAAGGCUUCUGAAAAAGACUAUUUGGGUGCUAAGAAAAUUGCGUUAAAGGCCCAGAAUCUUUUUCCAUCUCUAGAAGGAAUUAGUCAAAUGUUAACAACUUUGGAUGUUUAUCUUGCAUCAGAAGCUAAAAUAAAUGGAGAGAAGGAUUUAUAUGCAAUCCUUCAGGUUAAUGCUUCAGCAGAUGAAGAGACGGUGAAAAAGCAGUACAGGAAACUAGCUCUUCUGCUGCAUCCAGAUAAGAACAAAUUUACUGGCGCAGAAGGUGCUUUUCAGCUUGUUUCUGAGGCCUGGAAUGUGCUGUCUGAUAGGAGUAAGAAAAUGUUGUAUGACCAGAGGAUAUAUGCAAAAGGGCUUCAGCAAAAGGUCUCACAGCCAAGCAAAACUACAUCUGCUGCUAAGCCUGCUAGUAAUGGUUUUUACCAGUUUGCUAACUGUGCUGCAGCAAAAGUGACAGCUCAGAAGAGCUAUACUCAGAGGGCCCCAACUACUCCAUCACCUCCAACUCAUUCGCAGAUGACGACAUUCUGGACUUCAUGUGCUGGAUGUUGCAUGCAAUAUGAGUACCACAGAAUGUAUCUCAACAAAAGCCUUCUAUGUCCUAAAUGCAAACAGCCAUUUCUAGCCACAGAAUUGCCUAUCCCUCCUAGUGGACUCCGUCCACCUAAGUGGUCAUCAAAGCAGUACAACCUAGGUAACAUGAAUAACAAUACCAAUAAGAAUGCCUCUGCUCCCACAGGAAUGGGAUCCGCAGGGUUUCAGCAUGGAGUAAGUGCUGACUCAUCUUCUGCUACAAAUUUCCAGUGGAGUCCAUUCUCUGGACUUUCUGCAACAGCUGGUGCUGAUGGCUCUUCUUCUACUGUUGCACAGGCUGCAAAUGUGGUUCAGCAAGCAUAUGAGAAAGCUAAAAGGCAGCGGGAAGAAGCACAGGCAGCAUCUAGAAGGGAAGAGUUUCUUCGGAAGAGGUAUGAUGCUCCAAGAAGGAAUACCAGUGCUUCUGCAAAUCUUAAUACUGGAACUGGUGCUGAUGUAAAUGUGAAUAGAAGAAGAGACAUUAGCGAUGAUGCUGGGAGUAAUUGUUCUGGAAAUCAGAUGAAUCAUUCUGUUGGUACAACUAGAAAUGCUCUUUCUGAAGGGGAUAAGGUUACGGGAGAUUCUUUGAAGUCCAGGCUAAGCUCGAGGCAGGCAACAUUUAACAGGGAAUAUACGCAUUUAGAUGUUAGACCUAUACUAGUGGAAAAGGCUAAGCUUGGAAUAUUGAAGAAACUAAGUGAAUUGAAUUCAGCUGAAGCUGCCAAGGGUAGGUCAAAGAAUAAGCAAAAAUCUAAAGAGGAUAUCAAAGAGUUGAAGGAAGUUGAUGAUCUUUUGAAGGACACAGUUCAAAGUAGAUAUGCAGAUAAAAAAGUACUUGACUCCAGGAGUAAUAAGGAAGUUGCUCAGAAGGAGGUUCAACAAGAUAAUGUUGAUGAUGAUUCAGAUAAAGAUCUUGAUCUUCCUGUGUCAAUUGAUGUCCCUGAUCCAGAUUUUCAUGAUUUCGACAAUGAUCGCACAGAAGAAGCCUUUGGAGGUGAUCAGAUAUGGGCUACCUAUGAUGAGGAUGAUGGUAUGCCUCGAUAUUAUGCCUUGAUUCAGAAAGUUUUAUCCACAAAUCCUUUCAAGGUUCGCAUGAGUUUUCUCACAUCGAAGUCUAAUGCUGAAUUUGCUGACUUGGAUUGGGUUAGCAGUGGUUUUACUAAAACCUCUGGAGAGUUUAGAGUUGCAAGAUAUGAAGCCGUUGAUUCAAUCAAUAUAUUUUCACAUAAGGUUAAAUGGGAGAAAGGUUCUCGUGGAGUAAUUAGAAUUCUUCCUAGAAAAGGUGACACUUGGGCCUUGUACAGAAACUGGACUCCUCACUGGAAUGAGCAUACUUCAGAUGAUGUGAUCCACAAAUAUGACAUGGUUGAGGUACUUGGGGAUUAUAAUGAGGAUCAGGGAAUCUCAGUUGUUUCCUUAGUGAAGGUUGCUGGAUUCAAAACAGUUUUUAAACGGCAUUUUGACCCAAAAGAGGUGAAGAUGAUACCGAAGCAAGAGAUGUUUAGGUUCUCACAUCAGGUUCCUUCUUAUGUUCUCACAGGUGAAGAAGCUGAUAAUGCUCCGAAAGGUUGCCUUGAGCUCGAUCCAGCUGCAACUCCUCUAGAACUUCUUCAGGCAUCCUCUGAAGCAAAGUGUGAAGAACUUAUAAAUGAUGCUGAGCAAUAGCUGGUCUCUUAACGCUGAAGUUCCUUACUCCAUUUAUUAACCUACUCCAUUGAUUCCUAUAGCUUUUUUCAACAUUCAUUGGGUUUUGCUAAGCAAUGCAGCUUCAUCAGCUGUUUUCGGCUAACUUUCGAUGAUGAUUCUGGAAUGUAGCUCGGUUCAGAAUCAUUUAUCUUAGCUGUUAAUGGGCGCCUAACUUGGAUUUAUCAGCAAUACAGAAAUUGUUUUGGACUAGAAGUUUUGGAGAUCAACCUUUUUGAUGACAGGACAUGCUAGUGUUUUUUUUUCUGGAAAUGGCAGCUUCCUCUGAUUCACUAGGGAAAUUGAGGAAGCUCCCAUUAUGAAACCACCUUUUGGCCUCUUCUAUCUUUUUGGGUGUUCACAGCAGAAGCUUAUGAACUCGAACUUUUUGACUUGUUUGGUCACAAGCUAACAUGCCAGCAAUCUCCAUAAUAGGGCGAAGUAGCAGACCUUUCAUUGCAUUAUUAUAGAAUCCUUUGUUUUAUUUUUUAAUCCUUUUAUAUUUUGCUUUGCUUUAGUAUAUAUUUUUGAUAUACCAUAAAAUAGAAUGAGUGAACUCUUAUUAUUUUUUCAGCUACUGUUGUAAAUCUCUGGCCAAUGCUGUUUGAUCCACCACUUGUAGAGGAUGGCUGAUGAAAACAUUAAUGGAAGGAACUCUUAUUUUGUCUUUCUUUGCA